AUGGCAGGCUUCCUAUCCAAGUUCCACAACUCGAAAUUUUACCCCCUCCUUCAACGUAUUUUCCGCACCCUGCAAUUCCUAUCGGCUCUCUCGUCUCUUAUCGUUUUCUCUAUCUGCAUUCGAAAGAUUCUUAAACUCUAUCGCAAUAUUUCCCACGCAGAGGGAGCCAUUGAAGGUAUCCUCGCUGCAGCCAUUGCUUACACUCUUGCAAUUAUGGUCUUGAAACUAUGUAUGCGAAACGGCGGGCCGAAAUUCCUUCGCUGGGUCCUAGUUGUGCUCGACAUAGCCUUCGUGGGAGCUUUUAUUGCCGUAGCUGUGUUGACGAGCCCGAACGGUGGAAAGGCUGGACCUUGCUAUGGCCAAAGGAAGAAGAUUGCAGCGCAGAAAGAUUUUGCUACCGACCCAGGAUGCCAAUUGCCUCUUGGAACUUUCAUCACAGCUAUUGUUAGCACUAUUCUUCAUGCUUUGACUGCCGCGUUCCAUGAUACUCGGGAGCACCACAGAGAGCACAUGGCUGUUAAGGAGGAAUAUUAUAAUAGAGACAACAGCAACGGCGUAACCCCGACCAAUCGCACGAACUAUAACCAAGAUCACUCUGCUGUUUAA